AUUCAGUGCACAAUCGUCAACGCGAAGCAACACAGCAAAAUGACGCAGAAGCCGCAAGAAAACCAAAGCCACAACUCCUACAAGCUGUGGGGUGGACGUUUCAGUGAGAAAACCAACGAGGCGUUGCAAGAGCUGAACAACAGUCUGCCCCAAGAUGCCCGACUAUAUGCAGAUGAUUUGGAUGCGAGCAAGGCCUAUGCGGAGGCGCUGAUGCGUGCGGGUCAUUUGAAUGCCAUCGAAUGCGAUAAGCUGGUCAAGAGUCUGGAGAUAAUACGUUACGAUUGGGUCGAGCGUCUCGUCAAGUUUGAGCCCAGCGACGAGGAUGUUCACACAGUGAACGAGCGCCUGCUGGUGGCACUGACCGGCGAGCUGGGCAAACGCCUGCACACGGGACGCAGCCGCAAUGACCAGGUGGUCACCGACAUGAAGCUCUGGCUGCGCAAGGCCAUACGCGAGACGCUGGGCCGCCUGCGUCUGCUGAUUGAAUCGAUUGUGUCGCAAUCCGAGUCGCAUCUAGGCGUGCUUAUGCCAGGCUAUACGCACCUGCAGCGCGCACAGCCCGUUCAAUUCUCGCACUGGCUACUCUCGCACGCUUUCGCUCUGCGCGAGGAUUGCCAACGCCUGGCUGAGCUGCGGGAUCGCUCAAAUGUUUUGCCACUGGGUAGCGGUGCCGUUGCCGGCAAUCCUUUGGGCAUUGAUCGCAUUUGGCUGGCGGAGCGUCUUGGUUUUGCUGCAGUUACGGGCAAUAGCAUGCAUGCAGUGGGAGAUCGCGAUUUUGUAGUUGACUUUAUCUACUGCUGUUCAAUGGUUAGCCUGCAUCUAUCUAGACUUGCCGAGGAUCUCAUUAUUUACAGCACCAAGGAAUUUGAUUUUAUCAAAAUCGCAGAUAGUUUCUCAAGCGGAAGCAGUUUAAUGCCACAGAAACGCAAUCCGGACAGUCUGGAGCUAAUACGCGGCAUCUCUGGUCUGAUUACAUCCAAUCUGACAGGCAUUAUGAUUACCAUCAAGGGCACGCCCUCUACCUAUAAUAAGGAUUUGCAAUUCGACAAGCAAUACUGCUUUCAGGCCUUCGAUAAGCUCUCGCAGAGUCUGGAUGUGGCUGUGGGUGUGAUAGAAACCAUGCAAGUGCGGCGAGAUCAAUUGGAAGCGGCGCUCAGCUCAGAUAUGUUAGCCACCGAUUGGGCCUACUAUCUGGUGCGUAAGGGCGUGCCGUUCCGGGAGGCUCAUCAUCAUAUUGGACGCGUGGUCACACUGGCGGAGCAACGGGGCGUGGACAUAACAGAGGUGCCGCUAGGUGAACUGCAGCAGAUUUGUGCCGCCUUUGGCGCGGAUAUUGCCAGCGUGGCGGACUAUGGCUACAAUGUGCAACAAUAUGAUGCGAUUGGAGGCACCUCCACCGCCAGCAUUACCGAGCAGCUGCGUCUGCUCAAGAAUUUAGACAAACAAUUGCGCCAGCAGUCCUAGAACAAAGUCUGGAACUGAUUUGUUUUAUUUGACUUUCGCUUUGGCUUCAGUUAUUUAACAAAUUAUAUAUUUUACAUUAUAUCA